AUGUGUUUAGAUCCAGAUAGAAUAGAAGAAAAGAGAAAGAGGAAAGCAGAAAGAAUGAAUAAUUUAGUUAAUGAUAUAUCCAACCCCGCUGGUCCAAGAAUGGGGGGAGCCACUGUCCAUAUCAAAGAAGGUCUGAGAAGCAAAUUGAAAGCUAACAGGAAGGUUUUUCCAUCAAAUGACAUCAAAGAAGAAACAGGCGCUAGUGCUGGAGUACCGACCUAUUCUUUAUCUAAUAUUGGAGAUGCUGCUUUUUCAACAAGUUCUGUUACUGUCAACACGUAUAACUAUAAUGAUAUUUCAAGCAGUGGAUUUAAUAUGGCAUUAUCAUCAAACCAUGUUCAAACUACACUGCCAACCACUAAUCCAAGCUUUGGAACUUCACAACAAACUUUCUGUCCAUCAGUACAACCUGACCCCAUGCAAUUUGAUCCUCAAGGUUUGGAUCCACAAAUCUUACUAGAAUAUUUACAAGAUAAAGGAAUAAAGGCAGAUGGACAGGACAUCUUAUCAUUUGAAUCUUUAGAUAUGAAUAUGAUACCUGGUGAAAAUUUAACUGGACUUCAAACAGUUGGAGCUCAUGUACAAGUGAAUUCUUCAAAUGUACAAGAUACCAAUAUGGACUCUGAUAAUAGAGAAAUGUUCAUGAAUGCACAAGAUGCAUUAAGAGAUCUUCAAAAUUGA